AUGCGGAAACAAGAAUAUUUGGAUGAAAUGAAUACUAUGGUCACAGAUGAGAGCACUUACAUCAAGACAAGAGUGGAUCCCACUUCAAGAUUACAAACGUCGGCGAAUGCGUUAAUUAAAAAACUUGAAGAUAAAAACUUUAUUGAUGAGAUUAAAGGUAAACAAAUGAGAUCUUACAACGCUUUACCACCCAGGUUAUACGGGUUAAGGAAAACGCAUAAAGUUGGAUGUAAAUUGAGACCAGUAGUAAGUAACAUUGGUUCUCCGGUCUAUGAGAUAUCUAGAUUUGUACAUAAGGUCUUAUCCCCGUAUGUACUGAGUCUCAAGUUCAAUAUGAAGGAUUCAUAUCAGUUUGUUGAUAGGAUCAAAUCGAUUGUCGUAGAUAAUGAUUACCAGCUAAUUUCCCUUGAUGUUGUGUCAUUGUUCACUAAUGUCAAGAGAAGUUUAAUUAUCAAGAUUAUUGACGACCGAUGGGAAGAUAUGAAGGAGUUUGUGGAUUUGGAUCGUGAUCUAUUUAUUGAUCUGGUGAACUUUUGUUUUGAUUCCGGAUAUUUUUUGUUUCAAAAGAAUUUUUACCUACAAAAAGAAGGAUGUGGGAUGGGCAGCCCGGCAAGUCCGUCAAUAGCCAUCACUGCAGUGGAUUUUGUAAUAUCGAAAGCAUUGGAGAAUUUGGACUUUGAGAUUCCAGUUUUAGCAGCGUAUGUUGAUGAUCUUUUCUUAGUGGUUCCAAAGAAUAAGGUGGUUACCGUCUUACAAGUUUUCAAUUCAGUUGAUGCUGACAUUCAGUUCACAGUUGAGAAUGAAGUUGAUGGAAAACUUCCUUUUUUGGAUGUCCUGGUAUGCAGAACAGAUUCAGGUGAACUCAAAACUUCUUGGUAUCAAAAACCUUAUAGUUCUGAGAGAGUGCUGAAUUUUAAAUCUAAUCAUCCUUUAAGCCAGAAGUUAGGUGUAGCACAAGGUUUUUUCAAUAGAGCUAUACGCCUAAGUCAUGAGAGUAUGGUUUCUAUAAGUAUAAACAAAGUUAGACACCUAUUGCUGAAUAACAACUAUCCACGCUCAGUUGUGGAUAAGUGUCAAAAAGUUACUGUUGACAGAGUCAAGAAUAACUUGAGAAACAAUGCUGGUCUUAGAGGGUGGUCGUUCUGCAGGUUUCCAUUUAUAAUGGGUUUAUCACCGAGAAUUGGUUUUCUAUUUAGACCGACCAAUUGCAAAUUGGUAUUUUACAAUGUCUUUAGGUUUAAAGAUUUGUACAGCAGGUUAAAAGAGGCAGUUGAUAAGGGGGAGAGAGCCUUUGUGGGGUAUAAGGUACCUUGCACAUGUGGAAAGGUUUACAUUGGGCAAACGAAACAGAAAUUAAAGAAGAGAUUGUAUCAACAUUCUGUGGACUGCAGACCGGAAAGUUUGUUGAAACCGAACAGGACAGCUUUAGCAGAUCAUCACUUUGACAGGGAACAUAAUUUCCAGUUUGACGCUACAGAAAUUUUGGAUUAUGAAACCCAUUAUUUUAAACGUAACGUCAGUGAAAUGUUUUUCAUUAAAGUGUUUGAUUGCGUAAAUUACAGGUCUGACACUCUGAGUUUGAGUUCUUCUUACUGUGACAUUAUUGAGUCGGUUAAAUGUUUAUUUAGAUAG